AUGGACUCCGCAGAUAAAGAAAUCAUUAACAAUUAUUUGGAUACUAUUAAAUCUAAUGAGUUGAACUUACAAUCUCGCAUAAACAAACAACAAACAAUAUUAAGGGAUAUUACCACUCAUUAUGAGAUUACUUUUCAGACCAUUAGGGAUAACGAGAAAAUUAUUGUUAGUCAUCUAAAUGACUUGAUCAACAACAAUAAAAUUCUAAGGGAACAAGAUAAUGUAUUAUCACUCAGCCUCACUAUAGAUACAAUUAUUUUGGAAUUACAAGCUUUAUAUGAAAUAAUUAGCAAUUUACAAACAGCCUUAUCGUUUGCAAGAAUACAUAUUUUACAUUCUGCAAUUCUAGACACAAAUAGUAUUUCCUCAAUUUUAAAUUAUUUAUCCAAAGAUUAUAGUAGCGAAAGAAUUCCGAAAUUUGAUCACGUAAUUGACUAUUAUUCGUUAUUUACAACCGAUGUAACUAUUUUCGAUAAUAUCAUUUUAUUUAAAAUUUAUGCACCAUUAAUCUCGAACUCCUUUCAUUAUUUUAGUGUUUUUCCUGUUUUUCAAUUUAACUAUACCCUAAUCCCAAAAUCCCAAUACCUUCUUUUCGACUUGAAAAACCACUGGAACACAGACCACCUUUGCACAGAAGUCGCAAAUAAAUACUUCUGUAAACACGAAGACUUAUUAGAAGCAGAUCCAUGCCUAGUAGAAAUUAUCAAAAAUGGAAGAAACACUUAUCCCAUAACAAGAAUACAGCAAUCAAGAACUCUGGUACAGCAGAUAUCUCCAUCUAAAGUAAUCAUAUGUCCAAGAGAGCCCACUACAGUGCAUUCGUCAUGUCCAGAAGACGGCCCGAUAGUUAUUUCUCAACCAAGUCUCAUAGAACUCCAGCGAUGCAGCUUAGAAAUCAAUCAACACAAGUUCUAUCCCUCAGAUCGCAUCGACCAUGAAACAAUUUUCCCUUUACCAGCUAUAAGCCUGACCAAUUUCACGAAGCAGAACCUUGUUGAUGUAACAAAAUUCAACUUGAAGACAAUCCAGAAUCUUCAAAUAUCCCAACGAAGACAGUAUCCAGUUCCCAGAUCGUCCCAUAGAGAAGACAAAUGUAAUCAUAUUUUUACUUCUUCUAUCAACUUUCAUUGGUUACAUCAUUUACCAAAUUUUAAAGAAGCUAAGAGAAGCAAGAAGACGUAG